CAACCUACAUCUCUUCAGUGCCCACUUGGUUCAUUUCCAUUGAUGAGAUUCUCAGACCCUUUUCUCUCUCUCUUUCUCUCAUAAAUUCGAGAAAAAAUGGAAUAAAAAUUGGAUAUUUAGAUCGAGAAGCUGAGAAAUUCGAAGAAAGAUCCAAUCUUUGGGUGUAGAAGUUGAGGAAUUCGAGGAAAGAUCGGAUCUUUGGAGGGAUGUCGACGCCAUCGAGGAAGCGGCUGAUGAGGGAUUUCAAGAGGCUGCAUCAGGAUCCGCCGGCAGGGAUCAGUGGCGCGCCGCAUGAUAAUAACAUCAUGCUCUGGAACGCCGUCAUCUUUGGGCCUGAUGAUACACCAUGGGAUGGAGGUACGUUUAAGCUGAUAUUGCAGUUCACAGAGGAUUAUCCCAAUAAGCCACCAACUGUGCGGUUUGUAUCACGGAUGUUUCAUCCUAAUAUAUAUGCAGACGGAAGCAUUUGCCUCGAUAUAUUACAGAAUCAAUGGAGCCCCAUUUAUGAUGUUGCUGCGAUACUAACUUCAAUCCAGUCACUUCUCUGCGACCCAAAUCCAAACUCUCCUGCAAAUUCAGAGGCGGCUCGAAUGUUUAGCGAGAAUAAACGGGAAUACAACCGCAGAGUCCGUGACAUAGUUGAGCAAAGCUGGACAGCUGACUAAAAAUAGCAGCUAUCGAUUCUGCAGUUGGCCGGACCAUACCAUUAUUACUAUCGAGCUUUAUUCUUAUUCAGACCGACAUAAUCUGAAUGAAUUAGCAGCUCAAAACUACCUGGAAUGAUAUCCAUAAAAAAAAAUGGCUUUCUUGCUUUCUAUCUUAUGAAUUAAUAAUCAAGUUAAAUGUAUUGUUGUAAUAUUUUGCAAAACUAAAGACCAAUGGCUAUGUAUGGAAGAUAUUCAUAUCAUAUUAUGAAUGAAAAAUGUAGUAACUGUGAUUGUUGUUGGUCUUCA